AUGGCGAGAUAUUCUCAACCUUCUUUUGAUUUUUACCAACAACCCACAUCCACUCUCGAGACAAAAUCCUCAUAUCCGGAAGAAGACGAGAUGAGUGUAUUAGAUGACAAGAUCCUGGACUCAACCUCUCCCGAGCUGUCUUCCAUUCCCGAUCACCGCCGUACUUCAUAUGAUCAUGCGCCAGAGGCUUUUUCGCAUCGGGAUUCCGUCUGGUCUGAGUUCUCGCACCCUGUCUCCAGCAACCAGUCCCGUCACAACUCCCAAGUUGGCCAUGGCCUCUAUGAUUCCAAUCCCACUUUCAUGCCAGUGGAUGGCGUCCAUCCUGCUUCAGCUUACGGUCAUCAUGCGCCCUGGUCCCUGUCGAGAGACUCUGGCUCAUGUACCCCGACUGCCAUGUACGAGCAAUUUCACCCGGACCUGGAGCACAGCUCAUCUGCACCCUUCUCCGGCGGGGCCGUGGGUCCAGUAAGCGCCAUCAACAUUGCGUCCAUGUCCUACCGGCCUGGCAUGACCUUUGCGCCCCCGGGUGCAAUUGCAAUGUCUCCGCAGUCCAGUCAGGGCUGGAUGCCGGCGUCUACGGACAUGCCUGACGCCAUGUCGCGUCCCACCAAGAGCCCGACCUACCGCAAUAGCUCGCCUCUGAGUAUCCGACGGGAUGGGAUCCGGAAGAAGAACGCUCGCUUCGAAAUUCCUGCUGAGCGGACAUUGAGCAACAUUGAUCACCUCAUCAGUCAAUCCACGAACGAGGAGGAGAUCAAGGAAUUAAAGCAACAGAAACGCCUGCUGAGAAACCGUCAAGCUGCUUUGGACUCGCGUCAACGGAAGAAGCUGCACACCGAGAAGCUCGAGGAGGAAAAGAAACAUUUCACCCAAAUGAUCAACGAUCUCGAGGAAGCGCUGCAGAACAUGAAGCUGCGCGAGUCUGAGCUCCUUCGUGAGAAGAGCGAGUGGAUAGCUGCUCAACAGCAGAUCAACCAGUACAUCGAGGGCCUACACAUGGAUAAGGACGAGGUGAUCCGGGUGCACACCUUGGAAACGGCUGAACUCCGGAAGAAGAACAACAUCCUCAAGGAGACCGUGGAGAAACUGGAGAGGCAGGUGAAAUCGUCCGCCGCCUCCAAUCUCAGCACAGACUUCUCCGACUUUGAGAGCCUGACCAUGGACAACUCCUGGGAAGACUUUACUAUGACGAACGGCCUGCCCCUCGAUCCCGAGUCUGCUCCUGCCAGCUCGAUGCAGUCAUCCGCUAUGGUGUUGCCCACAAAUGACCGGGCUGCCGAAAAGAACGCUGCCACCGCCGACUAUCCUUUCAGCUGGAAUGCUUUCUACAUGUGUCUGCUCGUUGGUGCCUUCAUUGCGUCCAACAACUCAGCGCUCUCUGCUCGUGCUAUCCCCCAGCUGUCAGAGGACUAUCGUAAUGAAUCUGCCAAUGUCCUCAAGGCUGUUCUGGCUGCCUCGCCACCAGAGCUUGCGCAGAUGACGAACCAACCCGUGGUGGCCUCCGCAUCGGCUGGCCCUAUGCCAACGACCAUCACAGGGUCGGAGAUGGCCCAAAUGACCUCCGGCGCUGCUCAUCCGUCCAACCUUGACGAACUCCACAACACCCUCGCGAUGCCGACCAAAGAGCAAGAACAGGAGCAAGUCUUUUCGCUGAACGCUGAACAGUACAAUGCCUUGACGACGUUCGACGAGACCAAUGUCGACUACAAGUCUCAGCCUUCGAAUUUGCAGCAGGCCUUGGCUGCCAUGCGGAACAAUGCCGCUCAGAACAAGCUUCCCAACAAGGCCUCAUCUGAUGUCUAUACCAGAUCGCUGAUGUGGGAUCGAGUUCCUGAGAAGGUGAUCCGGGAUUUCCAGCGCAUGGUCCAGGAGUACGGCGCUUCUCCCGUCAAGGAAGAGCAAUCCGGCUUUGCUCAGUCCUGA